AUGCCUUACCAUCCCAUACCGGCCCCGACCAACCCCGACCAACCCAUACCGGUCCUGACCAACCCCUACCAACCCAUACCGGCCCCUACCAACCCAUACCGGCCCCCGACCAACCCAUACCGGCCCCCGACCAACCCAUACCGGCCCCCGACCAACCCAUACCGGCCCCCACCAACCCAUACCGGCCCCUACCAACCCAUACCGGCCCCGACCGGCCCCUACCGACCUCGACCGACCCCUACCGGCCCCUACCGACCCCUACCAACCCAUACCGGUCCCGACCAACCCAUACCGGCCCCGACCGACCCCUACCAACCCAUACCGGUCCCGACCGACCCAUACCGGUCCCGACCGACCCAUACCGGCACCGACCGACCCCUACCGACCCAUACCGGGCCCAUACCGGCCCCCUACCGACCCCGACCGACCCCUACCGGCCCCGACCGACCCAUACCGGCCACCUACCGACCCCCGACCGACCCCAUACCGGCCCCUACCAACCCAUACCGGCCCCGACCGACCCAUACCGGCCAACGACCGGCCCCCUACCGACCCCUGCCGGACCCUGCCAGCCCAUACCGACCCAUACCAACCUAUAUCUUCAGGCAUGACUUGUGA